AUGGGUAAUCUCCUUCUCCCGCUGGUCACGCUCGUUCAGGUUAGUGGGCAGAUUCCAAGCGCGGGCGUUCAGGUCCUGAGCGCGAAGACUGGCAAGCUCUCCUGCCUCUUCCCAGGCGACGAGGGUACCGUUCGAGCAGAGAUUGACGGAGCACUUAAACGGAUUGCCACUCAGUGCUGUAAGCCCGACGUAGCGGGCGCGGAAGCGUGCGUGCGCAUCGUGGGCACGGCUUGCAUCUCUGGGCAGCCGCCCGGCAUCACCAAGCGGACUUUCGGCGAGGCGGUCGCCGCUUGCGCUGAGAUUGGUGUCCAAGCUGAAGCUCUCCGAUCCGAGUUCCGCCACUCGCUCGGCGAGGAGGAGGGCAGCCGCAUCCGUGUUCAUUCCUCCUCUGUGCGAUGGCUGCACGAAGUGAAUAAAUCGGAGAAGGUGGUUCUCGUCCUCGUUCCGCCGUGGGACGUGCUUGGCUCCGAAGCGGCGAGUAGCGCAGCGGAGUUGGCUGAGCGAUCCAUCGAACGCUUCAAGAUCUUGAACCCGAGCCCCGAGGACGCAAAGGAGAAGAAUUCUAAAGAGAAGAAGAAUCGUCCCAUUCCGAAAAAGAAACUUCCAGAGUGGAUGCCGACGCGCGUCCUCUUUGGCACGUUUGCACCCGGCGGCGAGGGCCGGUCGGACAAGCUGCUGAAUGUGGUCCGCCAGAUGGCGUUGCGAUCAUAUGUGCCUCUCUUGGACUUUGCCACGGCUAUGACUACGAACCACUGGGAGCGAAUUGGCCAGUCAGAGUCGGCGGCGGUUUGCCUCUCGGGGUGGGUUGGGGUGAAGGUUGUGGAUGGCGGCGCGCCAAUCUCCAAGAUGCUGCUCGCGCCACUCGGAGCGGAGGCGCUCCUGGCUCUGACCAAGAAGCCCUCCGAUGACUGCAGCCAAGCCGCACGGUGUGUCGGGGCUCGCAUGCCCCACCUAAAGCCGGUCGGUGCAGUGUCAUUGACGCAAAUGUUCUCGCUCUCGUCGCUCGUGACGGAGAUGGAAUCGCUGCCGCACUGGCCGCGAGUGAUGAAGGCGUACAACAGCGCCAUUCAGAACCAGGACGCUCACCACCCCGUCUCGUGCACCCGCAGCCUGGUCUGGAGCCCCGCCUUAAAUCGCACGCCGUACAAGUGCCAAAACAUCUACCUCGGCAACACCGUCUUUGCGCCCGUGCUCGGCUCGGACCGUCUCAAUGUGUUGCGGCAGCUGCACGACAUCUCGCGCUGCUUGCGCCUCGCCGUCUCGCGGGAGGCUGAUACCGGCCGCCGCUUCACGCGCCUGGUGCACUCGCGGCUCGAGUUUCACUGGCUCAGACCACACCCGCCUCUCUCGAUGCUCGACUCGGAUUCUGCGUGGCUGCCGGGCGGCGAAGACUACUACGGCGGCGUCAACGACCGACACGCCGUGCUGAGCCGAGAGGCGGCGGGGCUGUACAUGCGGCGCUGGGAGUACUUGAUGGACGGCUCGAUCUUCUGGAUCGACCCGCAGCUCCGCAAUGGCAAGGUGACAAACGGCCUCACCCUGCAAGACGAGAACCUAGUGAGGAGGGUGCUGGAGUACUUUCACAUCCCGAUCAACCGGUUCCCCUCCGUCGCCUUCCUCGCGUGCUGCCCUCCCGGCUCCGCCUGCUUCUCCCGCGUUUGCGUCUACCGCACGAUGCCUCGGUUUGGUGCGAACCUGAGCCACGCCACGCCCGGGUUCCGCGGCAAGUACCCGCCCGAGAUUGAGGCGGCUAUGGGGCACGCGCUCGCGCUGGACAUCCCGGGCGCGCGCUAUUCGGUAGCAGGGAAGGUCGCGGACAUCGCCGUCGUUGCGCCAGCGGCACGCGCGGGCGAGUUCUGCUCGGCGUGGCGCAAGCUCAAGAAGCGCGCCACUGCCGCCAGCCCGUCCAGCGGCAUCGUGUGGCUCGACAAGAACGGCGGCAAUGCGUAUGGCGUUUGCGGGCAACAGCGGCCUCAAACAGCCGUGUAA